AUGGGGACCUUUGAUCUGUGGACAGAUUACCUGGGUUUGGCAAACCUGGUGGGGACUCUGCAUGGAGAAGAGGAGCCCAAGACCAGGUCGGAUCCCCAGCCAAAGCCAGCUCCAGGACUGCAGGGUCAGAGGCCCAGCCCAGAAACUGCACCAGCUCUUGAACGCCUGUGCACUUUCUGCAAACACAACGGCGAGUCCCGGGCCAUCUACCAGUCCCACAUGCUCAAGGACGAGGCAGGCCUGGUGCUGUGCCCCAUCCUUCGAGAUUAUGUGUGCCCCCAGUGCGGUGCCACACGUGAGCAUGCCCACACCCGCCGCUUCUGCCCACUCACCGACCAGAGCUACACCUCCGUCUACAGCUACACCAACCGCAACUCUGCUGGAAAAAGGGUGGCCCGGCCGGACAAGGCGAAGACACAGGAUUCAGGGCAUCGCCGAGGAGGAGGAGGAGCCGGAGGAGGAGGUGCCUGUGCAGGUUCCAAAGGUGCUGGGGAGCCUUCUGGACCUUCACCCUCCUUCUGCUGUCCCUCCACUUGUGCCUAGGAGGCUGGUUCGGGGAGGAUGGGAAUGCUGCCCUCUCGGGGUCAUGGGGACCCAGGCUCGGUGGAGGCUGGAUUUGGGGGAAGAUCCAUCUGCAAGGAGCUGACUCUGGGGACCUGAUGGGGGAGCAGGGCCUGGCAGCACAGCUGAAAGAGCCCCCAGGAGGAAAGAGAUGGUCCUCAGGCACCCCCACUUUCCCGUCCUCUCCAGCCUUCAGCAUCCAGUCAGCACUCAAUAAACGCUUAU